CCGAAAUUCUUAUAUUUGCGCCAUGUUUGAAAAGGUUUUAGAGGAUCAUCAAACUAUAGAAUUAAUUGAUCACAAGUUUCUGGUUGUUGGACACACGCAUAUGGAAUGUGACACGGUUCAUUCCCAAAUAGAAAAAAAGAAGAAAACAUGUGUGAAUUCCAUACAUCACCCACAUGACUGGGCUACUUUAAUAGUAACUACAAAUCACAAAUACAAUGCAAUCGAGAUGGUUCAAGAUCAAUACUUUGACUUCGGUAGCCUAUUAAAGAACAAAUACACGUGGAGAAAUACUAAUACAUUAGGUGACAAAUUUGAAUGGAAGCUAAUACGUUGGAUGCGAUAUGAGAAAUCUAAGUCUGGAAUUUUACAGUACAAGCUAUCUUUACAGCCGGACGAGGACUUCAAGGAACUAGACAUAACACAGCGGCGACGGAAAAUAACAAAUUUCGAAUUAAAGAAAUGUUAUUCUGCUCCUUUGCCAAUAUCUUGUAAUAAAAAACGUGAUUUACAGUCCGUUCUGCCAUUUAUAAAUGCAGAGUUUCAUAAUUUUUACAAUAACUUGCACGUUGAAGGUGAAGAACAAUUGGAAGAUGAUUGGGAUAUUGACGAAUAUGAUUAGCUGUAGAGUGAAUUAUUCUUUAUUUCUUCUGAAUUAUAAAAAUUAAAGCAAUUUAAUAUAA